AUUUGAACCAAUGACACAACUGUAGGAGGUUUGAGCGACUCCACCCACUGGGCAAGGCAGCAGUGUCGAGCAGGUUCAGCGAGACUGGAAACCAGACCUGUGCAGCUACUUCUGUUUGGACAGUUGAGAAGGAAGUGUUUCUUCUACCAAAUUAACCAAAAACUCAACAAUGACGUUUCUAAUUGAGAUCGACUUCAUCUGGACAUGGACUGGACAAAGGGAUUUUACUGGGAAUCUUUAAAUUCAGAUUUUCUUUCCUGCAACUUGCUGAAGUGAAGCUGCACCAUCAACAUUCUUUCAAUGUUUUGCCGCUCGUGUUUUGAGUGUGUCACAGCCCACAUUGGAAAUACCUGACAACUGUGGCUGAGUGGAAAUGGGGACCUGGGCUGGAUGUGGAGUCGGGACUCACAGAGGAGCUCUCUGCAUGCUGCUGCUGCUCCUCUUGCUCUGCUGCUUCGGGGGGAAAUGUGAGCUUCAGGAGUCUAAGCCACUGGAGCCGACCAACCUUCCCUCCGCCAAACCUUUCCCCGAUGAGAUCAAUGAGCCUCAGGCCUUUCCCGAGGAGGAGAGGUCCUACCUCCCUGUGUUUACCAUGGACUACCCUCGCAUCCAGGUCCCCUUUGAGUUUACUCUGUGGAUACUGCUGGCCUCCUUUGCCAAAAUCGGUUUCCACAUUUACCACAAAAUCACCAUCUGGAUCCCGGAGUCCUGCCUCCUGAUCACCAUCGGCCUCGUGGUCGGCGGCAUCAUGCACUCGGUCAAAGAGGAGCCCCCCGCCGUGCUCAACUCCAACGUCUUCUUCCUCUACAUGCUGCCGCCCAUCGUCCUCGACAACGGCUACUUCAUGCCCACGAGGCCGUUCUUCGAGAACGUGGGCACGGUGCUGUGGUACGCCGUGGUGGGAACGCUGUGGAACAGUAUCGGCAUCGGGCUCUCUCUGUUCGCCAUCUGCCAGUUUGAGGUGUUUGGAGUUCAAGAUAUCAACCUGCAGGAGAACUUGCUGUUUGCCUCCAUCAUCUCUGCCGUGGACCCUGUGGCUGCUCUGAACGUGUUCGAGGACAUCGGCAUCAACGAGCAGAUCUACAUCGUCAUAUUCGGCGAAGGACUCUUCAACGACGCCGUCACUGUGGUUCUUUACAGCAUGUUUUCCUUCUUGGCCGACCUGCCCGUCGCCGAACCAAGCGACGUGUUCCUGGGGGUGGCCCGUUUCUUCGUGGUGGGCGUCGGCGGCGUUCUCUUUGGCCUCCUGUUUGGAUUUGUGGCGGCCUUCACCACCCGUUUCACCCACAACGUCCGUCAGAUCGAGCCCCUCUUCGUCUUCAUGUACAGCUACCUGGCGUACCUGGUGGCCGAGCUGUUCGCCAUCUCCAGCGUGUUGGCCAUCAUCACAUGCGCCAUAACCAUGAAGUACUACGUGGAGGAGAACGUGUCUCAGAGAUCCUGCACCACCAUCCGUCACGUGGUGAAGAUGCUGGCCACCAUCUCAGAAACCCUCAUCUUCUUCUUCCUGGGUGUCGUUACCAUAACGACCGAGCACGAGUGGAACUGGGCCUACAUCCUGUUCACGCUGCUUUUCGCCUUCAUCUGGCGAGGACUCGGGAUUCUGGUGUUGACCCAGAUCAUCAACCCGUUCCGCACCAUCCAGUUCACCUUCAAGGACCAGUUUGGACUGGCCUACGGAGGCCUGCGAGGGGCAAUCUGCUUCGCCCUGGUCUACACUCUGCCCGAGAACGUCAACAGAAGGAACCUGUUCGUCACGGCUUCAAUCGCCAUCAUUAUUUUCACUGUUUUCAUACAGGGAAUCAGCAUCCGUCCCAUCGUGGAGUAUUUAAACAUCAGGAGAACCAACAAAGUCAUGACCUCCAUCAACGUAGAGAUUCACACCCGGACGAUGGAGCACGUGGUUUGUGGUAUCGAGGACCUGUGUGGACAGUGGAGUCACUAUUACUGGAAGGACAAGUUUAAGAAGUUCAACGAUCGUGUUCUGAGGCGAAUCCUGCUUCGAGACAACAGGGCCGAGUCCAGCAUCGUGUCUCUGUAUAAGAAGCUGGAGCUGCAGAACGCCAUGGACAUCCUGGACCCGCCCGUGUGGGACAUCAGUGCAGCGCCCUCUAUUGUCUCCCUGCACGACGAGAAGAUGGAGGCGUCUCGACCGAAGAGGAAGUUCCUGGCUGCUGACGUGAGCAAGAUGCACGACAUCCUGUCCAAGAACAUGUACAAGAUCCGACAGAAGACGAUGGCGUACACCAACAAGUACAAUCUGCCCGACGAGAGCCAGACCAGGGAGAUUCUGAUCCGCCGCCACGCCAGCAUCCGGCGAAGCCUUCGCGCUGAAAGUUUCCGUGAGAAUCCGUCACAAAACCCCCCCCGGUCUCAGAAAUACUUCUCCCUCCAACCCGGAGCAGAUCUGGAGUCGUCCUUUCCCCUCAGAAGACGAAGUCACGGCGGUAGUGAGCUGGACCGUCUCUCAGCUCGUUUCCAGUCGUCCAGAGCGUCGCCCCGCUCCUCCGCCCGCUCCCUGGCUGCCAGGAGAUUGAACACAGUCAAGGAGGCAGGAAGUGCUGGGACGCGACCCCCUGACUCCCCUGCACCCAGGAGACGCAGCUCAGAGCGGGCAGAGGGAGACGAAGACCCACGUCCAGGAGGAGCAGGCGUGGAAGCAGAGCGUCCUCCGCAGCGACCGCCAGGCUGGGUACCUGAGAACCAGGAUUCAGGAGAAACUGAGGCAGGAAAUCCUUUACUCAGACACUCGUCACCGGGGCCUCGAGGUUCAGGGAGGUCGUGAUGAUCCGAGGGAAGUAGGUUCCGUCAGAAAUGUGGCUCUUUAGCUCUAAUUCAACCGACAGGAAGUGAACAUCCAUCCUCUUCUGACUUCCAAAAAGUGUGAAAUACUUUCCGUCACACUUUACUUCUUCUUAACUCAACCAAAUAAAAACUGCAGUUCUCAGGUGCCACGUUCUGUACCGUACACGUGUAUGAAAUAUUUAAAAGUAGUUCGUUUUAUUUUUUAUAAAUUGCAAAAGUAUGAAAAUAAAUCUCAACAAACCUCAACUCUCUUGUCUUGUGGUGAAAAAGCCACAAUUUUCUUCACUUUAGAUCCAAUGACCAGACGACAUUAAUCCAUAAUCAACUGAGCUGCCAAUCAAACCCACACAACAAGGUCACGUCCACGCAGAAUCUGUUAAUAUACCAGAUUUCCAUUUAUGCUUAAAAAACAUAUUCUUCUGGCUUUUACUGGUUAUUUAUAUUCACCAUAACUCUCCUGUCCAAUUGAGCAGAUGGCAGCAAGUGGCUGCAGCUAAGAUUAGCAGCAAGUGGAGGUUGAGCCAAUGAAAGUUCAGUGAAAAACUUUUAAUAUUCUCCUUUUAUAAUGUUGAUUAAUUUAGGAAAUAGUGGCCUUGUUGUAUUUUCAGCUGUGGAAUAAUCCACAUUUCUAUUAUUUGGAUAAUUCCUCUGUGAUAUUGAGUUAAAUGUUAUAAUUUUAAACGUGUGUUUUUAUUGAAAUAUAUGUUUUAAUUCAACAUAAAAUAAGUAGAUAUUCAGAAGCAUAAAAUUAUAAUAUUCAUCAUUUCAAUUAAACUGUUUUCUUCAACUGCCUGUUAACCAAUCAGGGGGAAGUACCCGUUGACCUCUGACCUCAGCGAGCAUCAUGGGAGACUUGUUGUUAGCUUUGUAGCAGCUAAAGCUAAAGAACCAGUAGUUUGUUACAAACAGGAACAGAACUCGUUGUUUUACCUUUAAACAAUUAAAAUAAGAAUAAAACUGGAAACUGGGACUGAGGAUGGAAGUUGUGAAACAGCAGAGGAGGAAGUUUCUCUCACGUUAAUAACUGGAAACAGGUUUUAAACAGUUAGCUUUAAACAGUUAGCUUGAGUUUAGCAUCCAGCUGCAGACACAUGCUAAUCACUGGAGUCCACCUGCACAGGUGAGUGUCAACGUUUCCUUUAAACGUCUCAUGUGGAAGAUUCUGUGAAGUUUAAUGUUCCCUUUAAGUGAAGAACAUUUACACUGUGACGUUUAAAAGCAUCAAAAACCAUUGUGUUGUGUUGUGUUGUCGUGGGUUAGCUUGAAUGCUAAUGUGUGGUUAUAGAGCAGGGGCACAGUACUUUGUGUCCUAGAGGAAAUAAACAUGGAGAUUAAUGUGUGUGUUUAAAUCACGGUAUAAAGCUGCAUUUACAGAUUCCACAUUUACAGUUCAAACUCAGCAUUUCAUUCAUGCUGCAGCGGCUCCUGCUGUUUUCCUGUCCUGGUUAUAGAUGUGUUAAUAAAACCUGAUGCACGCCGACAUGGUGUAACACGACACGGCUGUAUUCCACCGUCGAGAAGCAGGCCAAGGACCCACAGGUACAAUUAAACCCGGGAGAGCGGAGCACUAAACAAUCUCCCCUGUUCACUUUAAUGUCCAGUUUUACGAGUGCAUCCGACUCGGAGACGGCCGUCCACAGCCAGGGUCGUCUUUCAGAGUCCACGUCUUUAUAUCUGAGGCACCGAGAGUCAAAGGAGCUGUAAAACGUCCGGCUGACAUGUUCCUGUUCCUGAAAGAACAAGCGCAGUGUUAGAAGUCGCACUCAAACACGUUUUAUAAGGACUAUUUAUUAUUUAAACCCUGUUUCUUUGUGAUUUUUUAAUGUUUACAUGAGUCAGAAAACUAUUUUCUCUCAAAAGAAGCGAAGAACUUCAUGCACGGAGUUUAAAAAAACUGUAUUUGAAGACGCAAAACAUCCUCAAAGAGACUUGGAAGUGUAUGUAUUAAUAAUCUAUUAUGAUUUCAUAGUAAAUGGAAAAUAACAAGGUGCAGGAGUAAUUCUUCUUCAUCUCAUAACCAAGUGUAACGUUCUCCCCAUUGAGGCUCAUUACACCGUGUUUGUCUUCAUUAUUCCUCCUGAUUAAAGAGGUUCAGCUGAGAGCGGUGUUUACUGCAGAGCUCCAACACGCUGUGAAAUCAACUGUGUUGGAAACGGAUAAAAGAAAUGAAAUAACUGAAUAAUGGGAAUAUCGUUUAUUAGUGGGAAUUAUAGAUAUGAAGAUAAAUGAAACCAGAAGAAAGAGACUUUACAGUUCAACACUUUCACACACACAGGUCCUUUAUGAUUUGUGGGUUCUACAUGUGCUUUUCUAUAUAUUUGUAUUCAUAUUUAUAUAUAUAUAUAAUUUUUCUUGUUUUCUAGUUAGUUUAUUUCAAUAACUCACACUGUUUGUAUUUCUUUUCUCUUGACGACCUUUGACAUUUUCUCUGAAGUGAAUAGAAAUCAAUAGAAACUCAGUUAAUAAUGUUAAAAGCUUCUCUCGCUCGAUGACUGUGAUUAUGUUCUGGGCAGUAAAUAUGAUUAAUGGCCUGAAAAACAGCCGGGUCAUGAAAUAUGCAUCAUGCUCUUAC